GGAACUCUCACGGAUAUUACGUAUACGGAAAGGCUUUUUCUGUCAUGUGAUGAACGCGCAUAAACUAUAAAAUCAGAAGUUAAAGGGUGCAGCAAACUACACAGCCUAGCUAUUGAAUAUGGCAGAUAGCCUGAGGAGUUAUUUGUAUAAACAACUGCCAAGUGUUGAAGGCCUCCAUGCAAUAGUGGUAACAGAUAGAGAUGGAGUCCCUGUAAUCAAAGUUGCCAAUGACAAUGCCCCUGAAUAUGCACAGCGGCCGGCUUUCCUAUCGACCUUUGCCUUGGCAACAGACCAGGGUAGCAAACUGGGCUUAUCCAAAAAUAAGAGCAUCAUUUGCUACUAUAACACAUACCAGAUUGUGCAGUUUAACAGAUUACCCUUAGUGAUCAGUUUCAUCGCAAGUAGUAAUGCCAACACAGGUUUGAUCUUCAGUCUCGAGAAGGAGCUAGUCCCGUUGAUUGAAGAACUAAGGCAGGUGGUUGAAGUUGCUUAGCAGCUAGUCAACUCAGACAUGGGAAAUUAGACAUUUGAAUGAGGACAAAAGAGACACACACCCAUGCAUCUUUGAUGUCUCACUUUUCCUUGUUGAACUAGCUCACACACGCAUACAAAUGUAGAUACAUAAUGUUGGCUGACUGUUGUUUUGUCUUGAUGCUGUAUGUCUCUUACGAAUGUAACCCGUGCCUGUUGUCUCCUUGUAAUUAAUAAAUUUGUGUAAAGCUUUGGUUAACAAAAA